AUGCACUAGCUGCUGAGUCGUCCUCGUGUCGUCUGUCAUUAAUUACCUCCGCGCAUUGUUUGGGCGAUUCUUCCCAAACCUCGCCGGCUCACUCAACUCGGCCACCCCCUAAACCCGUACCGUAGCACUAUUUCGACUUCGACUACGGCGGCGGCGGCGGUGGCGUAGAAAGAACCAAAGAAAGCUGCGCAGGAUGCCUCCUUGCGCUCUCACCGUCGACUCCCUAAAUCCAAAGGUGCUGGCGCUCGCGGAUCACCUCGGCGGCGACGCCAUUGCCCGCCGCGCGCAGUGCAUCCAAAAUGAGAUAGAAACAAAACCGGGGUCACACCCUUUCGACGAGAUAAUCUAUUGCAGCCUCAGCAAUCCACAAUCCAUGGGACAGCAGCCAAACAAGUUCUUCCGAGAGGUUCUUGCCUUGUGCGACUAUCCCCAUCUUCUAGAACAGAGUGAAACCAAUUCCUUGUUCAGCUCCGAUGCAAUAGCAAGGGCACGGGAGAUUCUAGACCUCUUUCCUGGGAGAGCAACAGGAGGAUAUAGUCACUGUCAGGGUAUUGAAGGUUUGCGCAAUAUAAUCGCUGCUGGAAUUGCCUCUCGAGAUAAUUUCCCAUGUGAUGCAGAGGACAUUUUCCUGACAGAUGGAGCAGCUCCACCGGUUCACAUGAUGAUGCACCUACUGAUACGGGAUCAAAAAGAUGGUAUCCUCUGCCCAAUUCCAUCACAUUCCUUGUACACAAGUUAUAUGGUUCUCCAGGGCGCUACUCUUGUGCCAUAUUACCUUGACGAAUCCAGAGGCUGGGGAGUGAGCAUAUCAGAUCUGAAGAAGCAGCUGGAUGGUGCCCGAUCAAUGGGUGUCGUUGUGAGGGGACUUGUGGUUAUAAAUCCAGGCAACCCUACUGGACAUGUACUUAUGGAGGAAAAUCAGUGUGAAAUUGUGGAUUUCUGUAGGAAUGAAGACCUUGUUCUUCUAGCAGAUGAGGUUUAUCAAGAAAAUGUUUACACAGAUGAAAAGAAAUUUCACUCUUUCAAGAAAAUAGCACGGUCCAUGGGGUACGGCGAAGGAGACAUAUCUUUAGUGUCCUUCCAUUCGAUUUCUAAUGGAUAUUAUGGAGAAUGUGGGAGAAGGGGAGGCUACAUGGAAGUCACAGGCUUUAAUUGUGAAGUAAAGAAACAAGUGUACAAAGUUGCAUCCCUAAGCUCAUGCUCCAACAUCACUGGCCAGAUCCUCAUGAGCCUAGUCAUGAACCCACCACAGGUUGGAGAUGAGUCAUACACCUCUUAUCAGGCAGAAAGAGAUAGCAUCCUGUCAUCUUUUGCUCGCUGUGCAGAGGCCAUGGUGUGCACAUUUAACCGUCUGGAAGGGGUUACUUGUAGCAAGGCUGAAGGAGCAAUGUUUGUAUUCCCUUCAGUUCGUCUGCCAAAGAAGGCAAUUGCAGCUGCUGAGGAAUGUAACACACAGCCAGAUGCAUUCUAUGCUGUCCGCCUUCUUGAAACCACAGGGAUCGUUGUUGUGCCUGGUUCUGUUUUUGGACAAAUACAUGGCACAUGGCAUUUCAGAUGCACAGUCCUGCCACAGGAAGAGAAGUUACCACUAAUCAUCUCCCGUUUUAUGGCAUUUCAUGAAGUGUUCAUGGAAGAAUUUCGCGACUAACAGUCUCCAACUUCUCUUUUUUCUAUUUGUAUUGUAGCAUAACUUAUUACUGUACUUUGGAGAAAUCCUGGACUUCUGUAAGUGCAUGAUUCCUGUAUGAAACUGACUGAGUUUUUCAUUUUUGUUGUGUCUGUUAUAGCCAUUUUAGUCCAACAUAAUUAUUUCCGGCAGCCCACCAUUCUUAUAGAAUGAUAAAAUCCUAUUGUUACAGAUUUUCACCUGGAACACAUCGACUUUUGUUUCAGUCUACUAUAAUCCCGAGGUCGAGAGAAUUGAUGGAAGCAAGUUGGAAGUCAUUGUCUCAGACCUAAACAAAAACAAACCAAAAUAUUUUUACCCAAUAAUAAUGCUACGAGAGUUAGAGACGGAAUUGGCCAGUUGCCACUGAUUAUCUGUCAAUGUCACAGCUGACAACUGCACUUAAUCUAUGCUAUGCAGCCCAACCACAAUCGUUGCCACGCCUUUCAUUGACCUAAAAUCCAUGUUUAUUUAGUACAAUAUCCUCCACCACCCUCACCACUAGUGGCCAUUUACAUGACAUCAGCCCCAUGAUUAUGAUUACUUGUAUCAAUGGUUCCUGCAAGGCUUCUCCAACCCCAUCAUCCAUGGCUGCCUUGACCUUGAGGUGCUGCUGCUACUCAUCUAGUGUAACCAUCGUUCCGAGGAGGAAGACCUCGAGGAUGACGAUGAUAAGAGCCUCCAUCGCCAUCGAUGACUGCUCCAAGAAAAAAUCCAACUCUGUCAGCUUCUCCGGCAAGGUCAACAAGCAGGUUUAUGAGGACAAGAACAUGGGAAUCCUCUGCUACACCAAUGAGAACGGUGAAUUGGUGUGUGAAGGCCUAGACGAAGGCCCGAGACUGACCUGGCAGGACAUGGAGAUACUCAAUAUGGACAAAAAAACGAAGAACCAAGAAGAUCAGAGGCAGAGGACAGCGCCUACUGUGGGUAGGAUCGACUGGAGCAGCCUCCAGGCUGCUGUUAGCAUGGGGAAGAACUGAAGAAGGAUCUUUGUUUCAGUACCAUGAUGGUGUGUUUUGUUUGCUUGUUGCCUUGUAGCAGUGGUUUAAUAAGGAUCUUUGUGUGUAGGAUAGAAUUGCAGUAAAGAGGAGGAGCUGAUCAAGCUGGCCAGUUCUCAGUCUCUCAAGGAUAAGAGGAAGUAUAUAUACUCAGAAUAGUGUGCAAUUUUACUUUAGGCUUCAGUUUCAGUACCAUGUGACAAUCAAGGAACAAUGGAACACUCUUUCU